AUGCAGCAUUGCCGAGAGUCCUUCCUGUUUUACAAAAUUACAAGGAAGCAGCAACAACUGGAUAGUCGCAUACCCUGCUAAUGGAUUCACCUCAGUGAUCACUGGGAGGAAAGGACCCAUGCUCUCUCAUUUUUGUGCUGCAACACCAGCCCUGUUCAUAUUGUGGAUCAUCAUGGCCCAGAUUGCUGGCCAGGAAGAUAGAGAGAAAACUACUGCACUCAAAGAUUUGCUGUCAAGAAUAGACUUGGAUGAACUGAUGAAGAAAGAUGAACCUCCUUUCACUUUCCCCAAAACCUUGGAGGAGUUUGAAUAUGCCUUUAAUGAAUAUGGCCAACUCCGCCAUAUAAAAACGGGUGAACCCUUUGUCUUCAAUGCCAGGGAGGAUCUCCACCGCUGGAACCAGAAACGCUAUGAAGCUCUUGGAGAGAUCAUCACUCAGUAUGUUUAUGAGCUGUUGGAGAAAAAGUGCAACAUGACUAAAGAAAUCCUGCCAGUGGAUGCCACAGAAGAUGAACCCACCGGUUUUAUCUACCUCAGCCCAGAUGCCUUAUCCAACCCAUCUAAGCUGCUGGUGCUGAUUCAGGGCAGUGGUGUGGUGCGGGCUGGUCAGUGGGCCCGUAGGCUAAUCAUCAACCAGGACUUGAACUCAGGGACACAGAUCCCCUUCAUUGAAAGAGCCAUGCAGGAGGGCUAUGGCGUGAUGGUGCUCAACCCCAAUGAGAACUAUUUGGAAGUGGAAAAACCGACAAAGUCUCCCCUGCCCUCUCCGACGGAGACCUCCGACGAACCUGCUGAAAAGAGGGAGCGCAAAGACGAUAAAGAGGGGAAAAAGAAGAAGGAAUUUUAUGAGAAAUACCGUAACCCACAAAGAGAGACUGAGACAGAACGGAUUCUUAUACGAGAAAACGGCUCCUCAGAGGAACAUGUGCUGUACGUGUGGGACCACUUUGUGUCCAAAGCCGCAGCCAAGAAUGUCUUCAUCAUGGCCCAUAGCUAUGGAGGACUGUCUUUCGUUGAGCUGAUGAAUCAGAGGGAAUUAGAGGUGAAAAACAAAGUAUGUGCCGUGGCUCUGACUGAUUCCGCUCACAACAUCUGGCUACAGGAGACCACAAAGAGCACACAGGACUGGAUGCAGGAGCACUGUCGUAACUGGGUAUCAAGUCCAGAGCCCUUGGACAUACCACUGGAGCCUAUGAUGCCAGACUGCCCCAGAGUCUCUGCAGGCACAGAGAGGCAUGAGCUGACUUCCUGGAUGAGCUUCGACUCUAUCUUCAGGUUCUUCAGUGAGUUCCAUGCAAAAGAAGGCGAGGAGGCAGAGGAGACCUCCAACUCUGUUACCACACGCAGUGGCUCCCACAAAAACAAGCACCAAGAUUUGUAGAGAACCAUCAACAGUGACUCGAAACAAGAGGAGAUUUGGGGAGGGCGCAGAGGUUAAAGUGCAGAAAAGGUCCUCUGAUAUUUUUUUUUAUUUUCUCUCUCUUCCUCUGUAACCUCCUACCAGAUUUCCUUCCCCACUGUUUUCCCCGAGUGUCAUUUCUUCCUCCCAGCCCUUCCUGACUCUGCACACGCAUAGCCUUCUUGUUGUAAGAGACAAGAGUACAGGGUCACUGUGUAUACAUCACAAUAACGUUUUGCAUUACUUCUGGUUGAGUGCAACUGUCAAAGCAAUAUGGGCCUGAGUGUUAGCGCUUCCCGUGGGCUGUGGCCUGGCUGCGGGUACGGGCCACAGCAGCAGAGAUUAAGGUUGACAGGCGCUGUGCACAAUGCGCUGUGGUGCACCUCUAAUUGUCCUGACAUCAGCCUGAACUGAGCUAAUGCCCCGCCUGCCCUCCAGUCUGCACCGCUCAGUCUCCUCUCCAUCAUCCCCCCCGGUCCUAAAGCCUGGACCACUCACCCUGAAAUUAGCUCAUGCCGUGUGGUACAUUGUGGUAAGUUUGGUAU